AUGUUGCGCCCGCCCCGAGCGUGGAUCUCGUCUUCACUGUCGCCCGCGGCGCCGAGCGCCCACCUCGUCGUCGUCCGUCAUGCCGGGCCCGGGCGACGCCGCCUCCGAGGCCGCCGCCGACGCGGAGAUACGGAGGUGCGCCGUCGCGCCUCCUCGCGCCGUCGCGCCUCGUCUUUUCUCGUCGAACGGCACCCGUUCGGUCGCACGCUCGUCGUUCGCUCGAUCUCGUCUCAUCGUCGCGCGCCCCUCCGUCCUCCUCGUCUCGUCUCGUCGUUCAUCAGGAUCUUAGCGUCGCGCCCCGUCGCGAUCGCCGAGCUCGCGUCCAUCGCGCGCGCGCGCGGGCUGCGGCGCGAGGCGACCCGCGCGGACGCGUGGCCGGCGCUCCUCGGCGCGGAUCCCGACGACGACGACGACGACGACGACGACGACGCGUCGCUCCCCGCGUCCGAGGCGCGACAGAUCGACCUGGACGUCCACCGCUCGCACUGGUUCCCGUCGUCCGAGUCGCCCUCCGCGUCGUCCGGUCGCGACGCGCUCGCGCGGAUGCUGAAGCGCGUCGUCGCGCGCAACCCUCGCGCCAGGUACUACCAAGGCCUCCACGACGUCGCAGCGACGCUCGCGCUGCAGUGCGGGUUCGCGGUCGCGGAGGUGGUCCUGACGCGCCUCCUUCGCGGGCACCUGCGGGACUGCGUCGCGGGCGACGGCGUCGAGCCCGUGCUCGAGACGCUGCGGCUGUUGCCCCACCUCGUCGCCGUCGCGGACCCGGAGCUGCAUCGAGCCGUGUUCCCGGAUCGGUCGUCGUUCGCAGCGGACGCGGCCGCGCGGCGACGCGGCGACGCGGGGGCCGGCCGCGCGAAGGAGGACGAGGAAGCGGUGGGCGAGGUUAAGGAUACGAAUGAUAAUAAGGACGAAGACGACGACGACGACGACGAGUUCGUGGUGCUCUCCGCCGCGGACUGCGCGGACAUGACGCGCGUCGGCGACUGCCACUUCGCGCUGUCGUGGCUCCUCACGUGGUUCUCGCACUCGCUCGACUCGAAACGCGACGUCGCGCGACUGUUCGACGCGUUCAUCGCGUCGGACCCGAGCCUUUCGCUCUACGUCGCCGCCGCCGCGGUCGUCGGCGAUCGCGACGAGCUCUUACGCAUAGCGCGCGGCGGCGGCGGCGAGGACGCGUCGGAGGCGGUGUCGUGGGACGGCGUCGAGGGCGCCUUGCACUCGCGGCUGUGCGCGCUUCCGGCGUUGCGGCGUUGCGGCGGCGCGGCGGAGGACGCGGCGGAGGACGUCGCCGUCGCCGUCGCCGUCGCCGUCUCCGUCGUCGAGGGGAACUACGUCGACGUGACGCUCGCGCCGAGGACGACGACGACGACGACGACGACGACGACGACGACGACGACGACGACGACGACGACGGAAGACGAAGACGACGCGGUGGAAAAAGUCCUCGAGCGCGCGCUGUCGCUCCGCGAGCGCAUCCCGCCGCGCGCGCUGCACGAGGUUCUGUCGCUGCCCGUGCGCGAGCACGGCGCGUUCGGCGCGUACCCGUACCCGUGGCUCCUCGGCGAGGAGAUGCCGGACGCGGAUCCCGGUCGCCGCGACGCGCGCGAGGCGUUCCCGAAGGACGCGCGCGCCGUGGGGAGGACGACGCUCGAGUGCGGGGACGUGUACGACGGCGAGACGCGAGACGGGCGACGGCACGGGCUCGGCCGCCACGUGUCAUCCACGUGGACAUACGAGGGGACGUGGCGACGAGGCGCGCGCCACGGCGUCGGGUGCCAGCGCCACGUCUCCGGGGCGCGAUACGCGGGCGAGUGGGUCGACGGGCGCGAGGACGGCUUCGGCGUAUGGACCCGCGGCGACGAUCGCUACGUCGGCGGGUUUCGACGCGGCGCGCGCGCGGGGCUCGGCGUCGCGACGGACGCGAGCGGCGUCGUCGCGUGCGGGACGUGGCGAGCGGGCGCGAUGGAGACGCCGACGCCGGCGACGCGCGGCGCGGACGGGAUAUACGUCUUCGAGAUGAACGCCGCGACGCGCGGGGCGGUGACGGAGGCGGCGCGAGCGGCGUGGAACGCGGGGGACGCGGUGAAUCGACUGCGGAGCGUCGUCGGCGCGGGGGAGGAGGACAAUCGCGCGCCUCCAUGGCCGUGGGAGGAGUGCGUGCGCGUCGACGGCGUCGGCGGCGUCGGCGGCGGCGGCGCGUCGACGGCGUCGCCGUCGGCGGCGGCGAGCCUCGACGUCGCCGCGCCGCCGUCGCUGCGCGAGCGCGCGGCGCACGCGACGGGCGCGGCGUCGCUGUUCGCGGCGAAACUCGGCGCGACGAUCCGCCGCGGGGCGACGAAACACGCGAAGGCGCUGUCCGCGACGGAGCCCGGUCGGUUCGCGCGCGGCCUCGUCGACGCCGUGAGCGAGCGCGUCAACGCGCGAUAG